CAAUCCGGCGCAGUUUUGGCUCUAGCUUGUUCCCAGAAUCCUUUUUUUUUUGUUUUUAAUUUUUUUUUUCCCGAUAUUCUUAUUACACACAAUAUUUUUAUCCUUAUCAGAUCCAAACGGUUCUCUCAAGAAAACAAUGCUCAACCCCACCUAGUCACCUACCUGAAAUAUUUGAAUUUCUUCAACAAAACCUUAAAGCAAAGCAACGACAACAACGGCAGCAACAAAUCUGUCAUCCAAGUUAAGCUGCGAAUUUUGUUUUCAAAAACCGAGAAGACAAAACAGGGUUUGAAUUCGUUCAACUGAGGUGGAAAUUGAGCUUUUGAGGCUGAAAUUCGAGUGAAUUUGGUGAUGUUAUCGCCGGCGACGAUGGCGCGGAGCUCGCUGGAGGAGAUGCUGGACUCUCUGCGCCGGAGAGACGAAGUCGAGAAGCCGAAGGACUUGCCGCCGGCACUGCCGGCUCGGCCGACGUCGAGGGCUCGGCUGCCCUCGGCGCGCCGCUCUUUGCCAAACAACUUCAGGGUCAGCGGUGAUGGUGGCGGCGGCGAUGGCGGUUCACCUCCUCCGUGUGAGUUUAACGGGAAAGAGGAGGGAAAGAGGAAAGUGAGCGAUUUGGGGUUCAAGAGAGGGAGCUUCGGGAGCAAGAAGAUGAAGAAAGAUCAGAAUGUGGAGUCGCCAUAUACUGUGGAGUCGGAGGAGAGCAAAAAUGAGCGAACGGAGGGUUCGGAUUCAGAUCAUGGCUCUGCGGCGCCGAGUGCUUCGCCGCGGAAGAUAAGGGAAUUGGAUUGGGAUGACAACAUUGGUUAUUUCAUCAAGAAGAAACUUCGUGUUUGGAGUUGGCUCCCAAGUAGGCAGUGGGAGUCAGGAACGAUAAAAUCAACUUCUGGGGAGGAAGCUCUUGUUUUACUGUCCAAUGGAAAUGUUAUGAAAGUGCCCACAGGAGAGCUCUUACCUGCAAACCCAGAUAUACUGGAUGGUGUAGAUGAUCUUAUACAGCUUAGUUAUUUGAACGAGCCAUCAGUACUUUACAAUCUCCAGUGCAGAUAUUCUCAGGAUAAAAUCUAUAGUAAAGCAGGUCCAGUUUUGAUUGCAGUUAAUCCCUUCAAGGAUGUACAGAUAUAUGGAAAAGAUUUUGUCACAGCUUACAGGAAGAAAGUAAUGGACAGUCCUCAUGUUUAUGCUAUAGCAGACGCUGCUUAUACUGAGAUGAUGAGAGAUGAAGUAAAUCAAUCCAUAAUCAUAAGUGGGGAAAGCGGAGCUGGGAAAACUGAGACAGCUAAAAUUGCAAUGCAAUAUUUGACUGCCCUUGGUGGUGGCAGUUGCGGGAUAGAGUAUGAAAUCCUUCAGACAAACUGUAUACUGGAAGCAUUUGGGAAUGCAAAAACAUCGAGGAAUGACAACUCUAGCCGAUUUGGGAAGUUGAUUGAAAUUCAUUUUAGUUCACUGGGGAAGAUAUGUGGUGCUAAGAUACAAACCUUUUUGUCAGAAAAGUCGAGAGUGGUUCAACUGGUCAAUGGCGAGAGGUCAUACCACAUCUUUUACCAACUUUGUGCUGGUGCUCCUUCAGUUCUUAAAGAGAGACUGAAUCUAAGAAUUGCAAGUGAGUACAAUUAUCUUAAUCAGAGUGAUUGCUUGGCAAUUCAUGGUGUUGAUGAUGCUAGGAAAUUUCAUAAGCUCAUUGAAGCCCUAGACAUUCUUCGAAUCAGCAAAGAAGAUCAAGAACAUACAUUUGCAAUGCUUGCUGCAGUGUUAUGGCUGGGGAACAUAUCAUUUGAAGUAAUUGACAAUGAAAAUCAUGUAGAGGUGUUGGCUAAUGAAGCUGUAACCAAUGCUGCCAGGCUGAUUGGUUGCAGUUCCCAGGAACUAGUGAUAGCUUUAUCUACCCAUAAAAUCCAAGCCGGCAAGGAUACUAUUGCUAAAAGAUUGACAUUGCAGCAGGCAAUUGACACAAGAGAUGCAUUGGCAAAAUUUAUAUAUGCGAGCAUUUUUGACUGGCUUGUAGAACAAAUCAAUAAGUCGCUUGAAGUAGGCAAACGAUGUACUGGGAGAUCUAUAAGUAUCCUUGAUAUAUAUGGUUUUGAGUCAUUUCAGAGGAAUGGCUUUGAACAAUUUUGUAUAAAUUAUGCAAAUGAGAGGCUGCAACAACAUUUCAACCGGCAUCUAUUUAAACUUGAGCAGGAGGACUAUGAAUUGGAUGGGGUUGAUUGGACAAAAGUUGAUUUUGAAGACAAUCAGGAGUGCUUGGAUGUCUUUGAGAAGAAGCCUUUAGGUCUACUAUCGUUGUUGGAUGAGGAAUCAAAUUUUCCCAAGGCCACUGAUCUGACAUUUGCUAGUAAGCUUAAGCAGCACUUGAAUUCUAAUUCUUGCUUUAAAGGAGAAAGAGGCAGGGCCUUUGGUAUACGUCACUAUGCCGGAGAGGUCCUAUAUGAUACAAAUGGUUUCCUGGAAAAGAACAGAGAUCGACUGCACUCUGAUUCCAUCCAACUCCUCUCAUCAUGCAGUUGCCAACUGCUACAGUUAUUUGCAUCCAAAAUGCUUGGCCAAUCCCAGAAACAAGCAAACCCUAUGUGCCAAAUAGGUGCGUUGGACCCCCCAAAGCAGAGCGUUGGUACAAAGUUUAAGGGUCAACUGUUCAAACUAAUGCACCAGCUGGAGAACACCACGCCUCACUUCAUUCGCUGCAUAAAGCCAAACAGCAGGCAGCUUCCUGGCUUAUAUGAAGAGGACCUUGUCUUACAACAGCUCAGGUGUUGUGGCGUGUUGGAGGUUGUUAGAAUUUCCAGAUCUGGAUAUCCUACUAGAAUGACUCAUCAAGAGUUUGCAGGAAGGUACGGUUUCCUACUUUCAGAGACCAUUGUAUCUCAGGAUCCAUUAAGUAUAUCAGUUGCAGUGCUGAAGCAAUUCAAUGUCCUCCCUGAGAUGUAUCAAGUUGGUUAUACCAAACUUUUUCUCAGAAUGGGGCAGAUUGGUGCGUUGGAGAAUGCGAGAAAUCAAGUUUUGCAAGGUAUACUUGGUGUUCAGAAAUGUUUCCGUGGUCUCCAAGCUCGCCAUUUCUUCCACGAGCUUCAGGAAGGAGUGAUGACAUUACAAUCAUUUGUUCGUGGUGAAAUUACGAGAAGGAAGUAUAAUGAUAGGAUAAAGUGGUGCACAACUAGUGCUUCUGAAACCCUUAAUGAAAUGCAAGCGGCUGUGCAUUUACAAUCUGUAAUCCGUGGAUGGCUUGUUCGGAGGCAUGUCAAUGGCAUGCAUAAUUUGAGAAAGUUACAUCCUGAGAAUGCAAAAUCUAAACGGAGGCCAAGCAGGAAGAUUUCAGAAAUGAAGGAUAUACCGCAAGAGGUUCAGGUUCUGCCUCCAGUUUUGGCAGAGCUUCAAAUGCAGGUUCUUAAGGCACAAGCAACUCUAGAACAAAAGGAAGAGGAAAAUUCUGCACUGAGGGAGCAACUACAGCAGUCUGAGACAAGGUGGUCAGAAUAUGAAGCAAAGAUGAAAUCAAUGGAGGAGAUUUGGCAGAAGCAGAUGGCAUCUUUGCAAAUGAGUCUUGCUGCAGCCAGGAAGAGCCUAUCUGCUGACAAUGCUGCAAGUCAACCUGGAAAACUUGAUGCUUCUUCAACGCCGCAGUAUUAUGACUCAGAGGAUAACACGUCCUUGGGAUCUCGAACUCCUGGUGCAAGCACACCCUUAAAAUCCUCUGGUACCAAUCACGAAGUUGGAGCAGGGCGAGACACUAAUGGUACUUUGAAUGCAGUCAGCAAUCUGGUAAAGGAAUUUGAGCAGCAUAGACAGGCUUUUGACAACGGUGCCAGAGCUAUUGUUGAGGUCAAAUCAGGGCACUCAGGUUCUCUUGUAAAUUCUGAUGAUGAACUUCGGAAACUUAAACUCAGUUUUGAAGUAUGGAAAAAAGAAUUCAAAAUUAGGUUACGAGAGGCAAAGGCAAAGCUUCAUAAACUUGGGCGUUCUGAAGGUCGUUAUAAAUGGUGGGGAAAGCUAAGCGCAAGAGUGUCAUAAUAUUCUCGUUCUAGAUCAUCCCUGGUGAAGUGUGUACAGAUGGAGAUAACUCAAAGACUGAUAAUGGAGAAAGAAAUGGUAUCAAAAUACUGCCUCCUUACUUUUGAAGGAGUUGUUUUAUUGCCUAUAUCUAGGGGGUGUUCCCAUAGUGAGGCAGUGAAGGGAGAGAAAUUGUAUAUCUACCAAUUUUUGUUACUUGGUAGAAGUGUUCAUAAGCCUGUGCAUAAUAGCCAAAUAGGGAUUUGUUGAGAGAACUUGGCCCUUUAAAAUUCUCCAUUCAGUAGUUAGUGUAUUUGUGUAUAAUCUGUUGUCAAUGUUGUAAUUUUUGAGAAUAUUUAGAACUGAAGAUAUGGAAGGAAAGUGUUCAUAUCACCUAUCCUUCUGCAUGAAAUGCUUUUGGUAAGGUAAACUAUUUGGUCAUGGGAUCUAAGUACAUAAAUAUAUUACUUUUAUUGUGCAG